CAGAACCAUUAUUAUCCGCAUUUUCUUGAAAUUUGGCGGGAAAGAGGUAUUUGGCGUAAUGAUGGAGAAGUCUCGCUUACAGUCGCCGCCGGUGAAGAUCCUGGCUGCGCAGCUGAAGCGGUGCCGCCAAGUCCCUGGUGGCUCGUGGUUGUUGGACCGGGAAGAGUACGGACGUCCGGCGUUACCCGUGUCUCUGGUCUGGAUGCAGGGCAAAGUAUUGACGGUAGAGCAAGAUGGUUCGACUGUGAGGUUGCUGGACGAGAGCGGCUCUUUUGUGGUCUCCGGCGUGGAGAGAGUCCCUAAGGGAAAACCUUGCCUCAGCCCUGGAAAUUAUGUGAUGGUGAUGGGCUUGGUGCAGGUUUGCAUCCCAGAGCCUGUCCUUCAAGCCGUGAAGAUGACGGGUCUUUCAGACAAUCCCCUGCACAGGACUAUGUGGGAGUUGGAAGUGGAAGAUUUGCAGCGAAGCCUCCUCUCGUGAAUGAAGCUGGCAUGCCAAAAUGGAAUCAUUUCCUGCACGCCUCGCAGUAACAAACCAGAUGGGAUGGAAAUGCGUGGAUUAUUUCCCCACUGGAUUAGUUUGUGCAAAUAAAUCUUUUAUACUUGAGGCACAUGGAUUGU